GUACUAAAAAAUUGGAGGACAAAGUUCAGUCAUUUGUUGGAACAAACUUCUCAUUUGAGAGACAAGGUAGAUAAAUUAAUUAAAAGAGAGAUAUGAAGACAAAGACAAUACACGAGCACUAGAAAGAGAUAUGAGUAAAUAAAAGAGAGGCAGAGAGAGAUAGAGAGAGAUAGAGAGAGAUAGAGAUAGAGAGAUAGAGAUAGAUAGAUAGAGGGAGGUAGAGAGAGAAAAUCGAGACGAGGAGAAAAGGAGUACAUAUUUAUAUCAUAUGUUUUGUUAUUCAUAUAGGAAAUAACAGUGGAAGCCUUUUUCAUAAAUUAAAUCAAGAUGAAAUUCCUGUCUUUUAUUUUCAUGGUGUGUCUUUGUCUACAUAACUUCAAAAAUACAUAUUCAAAGGAUGUUUGUGAGAAACCGAUUUCUCCGGAAGGAGAAGUGGGUCCAAUUAUUAAGAUACCAAACCAAUUUUAUUUCAACUUAGAAGCAACUUUCGAGGACAAAAAAGAGGUUACGUCAUUUGUGGAAUAUUAUGACCAUCCGGGUUUGCGUGGCGUGAUUACUCAGUGGGAAAACGGUGGCUCAGAAAGCGUCUAUUACAGCUUUGAUACUAAUGAGGUUUUCACAGUGAAAGAUUCCGUCUGUACUGUUUCGGAUCUCAGCACGGAUCAAAAUUCACUGAUAAUUGGACAGCCAAGAAACGGCAGCAGUGUUAUGUUUUCUCCGGCGAGGAUGCUUUUUCUCGAAGAUCGUGGCGUUUAUAUGGGAACAGAAACAAUACGUGGUAUUCCAUGCUACCAUUGGAAGUCAUGCCAGGAAUGGAGCGUUUUUAGUGCUAAGAUGAAUGUUCAUUGGUAUUUUGCAGUUGACAACUACUGGUCGACAGCUCAAUCGUCUAAUUACCAUAUACCAGUCCGGUGUGAUGUAGAUGGAAUCGCAAGGUUUACAGCUUUCCAUCAUAUUUAUGAUUUCUUCCACUUCCGCUCUGGUCUUCCAGAUGACCCCACCAUCUUUGAAACUCCAGAUGGUGUUUAUUGUCCAAACCGUAAGAUAACAAAACAGUUACCAAGUGUACCGCUAACAAUGUCUUUUUACACAGAAAUUGUCACAGAGAGUUUUCCAGUCGUGGCAACAAUGAAGGAAGAAUAUGAUCAUCUGGCCUUUCUGACUAAGUUCACCUACACAGCUUUGCCUCUCUACCAGAAAUUCUCCGCGAACGAAGUUGUCGAAAUUCACGACUUCUUAACAGGAGUUGCUUAUGUAACGGACACAGUGACAGGAAAAUGCAAAACACGGCCAAUACCACACUCAAAUCUUGAUUCAACAGAAUUAAACCCCCACGACGUCAGAAUGGCAACUGCUAAACAUUUUUUUGAAUUUCCAAAAGAUAAAUACUCAUACGAAGGGAUUAAAACAGUCCGAGAUGUAAAGACGGAGACAUGGAUCGGAACCAAAGUAGACUGGCCAAAGAAAGGAAGUGACAAAUCAACAUGGGAAUGGCACUACGAUUAUGGUAAGUCCGUCGACAGCCAAGUGAUAAAAUCAAAGGCCGUCCCAGUUGAAUUCAACGUUCAUCUUCCUGAUGAAAGCUACUUCUUCAGCGUUUUCGCCUUCUCUGAUAUUCAACCAAGAAUAUAUGCCUAUGAUGUCAGUGCAUGUUACUUGCACAGUGACCGAGAAAAGUUUGCUUUGUCCAUCACAAACUUGAUCAAACUGUAUGUACAACAGAAUACAGAUACCUUUAAGCUUUAUGUUAUAUCGGCAAUAUCUACGACCAUUGGAAUUCGUCCAUUAAGAAUUCAGAAUUUAAAGGUUAUGUUUGGUGAAGUCGAAAUAAUCGUUACCUUCGACUUAACCGAUGUGGCACCAACAAUUGGAGAUGUGAAAGACCGGCUGAAAGAAAAGUCCUUCUCAGCAGCUGUCAACGAACUCAGAGACUUACUAAAGAAGGAAGAGUUUAUUAUUACAAUAUUUUCACUGACAUCAGGAGAAAAGACAGCAAUACGGCCUACAGAAAUGACAUUCGAUGAAGUAUUGUACAAGACAACACCGCGAACAACAUAUACCAAAGGUGCUAUGGCUGGUCUUGGCAUUGGAAUGACUCUUCUUGGGCUUAUAAUUGCUCUCGCUGUGUCUAUUAAGGUACUAUCAUGAUUCUCAACGACUCCAUGAAUGAUGAGGUUGACAGACAAACAGACAGACAGAGAUAUCUUGGUUGACGCAAGAGAGCGAUUUUAUUUCUAUGGACAAUUUUUAUUGAUAUUUAAUUGCUUUUCUUUUUUUGUAUAAAUCCGCAUUGGAAGAAGAUAAAGAAAGAAAAGCUAACAUUCAUUAACUUUAUUUCUAAAUAAAAUAUCGAACAAAACUUA